UGUUUACAUGGCCACCCGGAAGCUGGGGACCCUGUGAGGAACGGGAGACUUGUUGCUUUGCGGAGUGGUAGUGGGGGGCGGGGAAAUCCCUUUAUAAAUAACCGCUGGGCUCUGAGAAAGAGAAUGCAGUUCACGGUGAAUAUCAAACUUUCGCCCAGGACUUUAACGGGAACUUUGAACGUCCAGAACAGAGGGGCAGUGGACUGGGGUUGGCAAGGUUUAAUUGCCCAUGGUUGUCAUUCACUUGUAUUGAUAAUUGAUCCAAGCACAUCGCAAACAAUUCAGGUUCUGGAACGGCACAAAGCAAAUGUUGUGAAGGUAAAGUGGGCUAGAGAAAACUACCACCACAGUAUUGGCUCUCCAUAUUCCCUGCGCUUGGCAUCUGCAGAUACUGUAGGAAAGAUCAUAGUUUGGGAUGUGGCUACAGGAGCAGCAAGAUGUGAGAUUCAGGAAUACACCAAACCCAUUCAAGACAUGGAGUGGCUAUGGAAUCAGGAUGCCUCUCGAGACCUCCUAUUAGCGAUUCAUCCACCAAACUACAUCGUUCUUUGGAAUGCAGAUACAGGCACCAAAUUGUGGAAGAAAAGCUAUGCAGAAAACAUACUUUCCUUUUCGUUUGAUCCUUUUGAGCUAUCAAAUCUAACUUUGCUGACCAGUGAGGGUAUAGUGUUUGUCUCAGAUUUUUCACCAUCCAAACCUCCCAGCAGUUCGGGGAAGAAGGUUUACAUAUCAAGCCCUCAUUCAAGUCCUGCCCAUAUAAAACCAGCAGCCACUGGUGCCAAGAAAGCCUUAAACAGGGUGAAAAUCCUCAUCACUAAUGAAAAACCCAAUGCAGAGUCGGUAACUUUGAAUGACUGCCUGCAGCUGUCCUAUUUGCCAUCUAAGAGGAACCAUAUGUUGCUGCUAUAUCCCAGAGAAAUCCUGAUCCUUGACUUGGAAGUAAACCAAACAGUAGGCAUAGUUGCUAUUGAAAGAACAGGAGCUCCAUUUCUACAGGUCAUUCCUUGCCGUCAGCGGGAUGCUUUAUUCUGUCUUCAUGAAAAUGGCUGUAUUACACUAAGAAUCCGUCGAGCAAAUUCCAGUUCACUGGCUCUCUGCUGUGAAGAGCAGGAUCCAGAUCAGCCUGUUCAGGAGCUUACCUACGAUCUGCGAUGUCAGUGUGACGCAAUCCGAGUCACUAAGACAGUUCGCCCUUUUAACAUGGUGUGCUGUCCUGUCAAUGAAAAUUCUGCUGCUUUGAUUGUCAGUGAUGGCAGAGUGAUGUUGUGGGAGUUGAAAUCCAACUUACUGGGGCCAAAACCUUAUUACAGCUACUCAGGUUCCACAGUCUCUCCUUUGUAUUGUCCAGUUUCAUUUUGUGGAAUUCCAGUGGGCACCCAACAGAAGAAACUUCCAGAUCUCUCCUUGGAUAACAUGAUAGGACAGAGUAUAGCAGUAAGUGAAGAACAGCUGAGUGUUCCAUACCAACAGGAGGUUCAACUGAAGUUCCUGCUGACUGGCUUGUUGUCAGGUCUCCCACUGCCACCUUUUGUCAUACGGAUGUGUCCACCGCUCACUACCAAGAACAUAAAGAACUACCAACCUUUACUGGCUGUGGGUACUAGCAACGGAUCUGUGUUGGUUUAUCACCUUGCUAGCGGAUUGAUACACAAGGAAUUAAGCAUUCAUUCCUGCGAAGUCAAGGGCAUUGAAUGGGCAAGCCUGACCAGUUUCCUUUCUUUUGCCACCUCAACACCGAACAACCUGGGUUUGGUGCGGAAUGAACUACAGCUGGUUGAUCUACCAACAGGCAGAAGUAUUGCAUUUAGAGGUGAACGAGGCAAUGACGAACCACCAAUAGAAAUGAUUAAAGUGUCCCAUUUGAAGCAGUUCUUGGCUGUGGUGUUCAAAGACAAACCUUUGGAACUGUGGGAUAUUAGAACCUGUACGCUGCUUCGUGAAAUGACAAAAAACUUUCCUUCUGUAACUGCAUUGGAAUGGUCUCCUACUCACAACCUGCGGAGUCUGCGCAGAAAGCAGCUGGCAGUACGAGAAGCCAUGGCCAGACAAACUGUUGGCUCUGAUGCAGAAGCCAGUAACAUUGAGUCGCCUAUGAUCAGGAAUGAUGCUGUCACUGUGUAUCUUUUUAAUUUGCUGCAGGAGGCAGAAAGUAAAGCUGAAAUUAGCCAUAACAUUUCUGCACGUGAGCACUUUAUAUUUACUGACAAUGAUGGACAGGUCUUCCAUCUCACUGUCGAAGGAAACUUGGUGAAGGACGGGGCCAGAAUUCCUCCAGAUGGAAGCAUGGGAACCAUUACAUGCCUUGCAUGGAAAGCAGACUUCCUGAUACUAGGAGACAUUGAUGGGAAUGUGAACUUCUGGGAUUUAAAAGCUAGACUUUCAAGAGGAAUUCCUACUCAUCGUGGCUGGGUAAAGAAGAUCCGCUUUGCUCCUGGAAAGGGAAACCUGAAGCUGUUGAUGAUGUUUAAUGAUGGGGCUGAAGUCUGGGAUACUUUGGAGGUUCAGAUGGUAAGCAGCAUGAGAACUGGCCGGAAUGUCAACUACAGGAUUCUUGAUGUAGAUUGGUGCAGUUCUGAUAAAGUGGUUCUGGCUUCAGACGAUGGCUGUAUCCGGGUCCUGGAAAUUGCAAUGAAAUCUGCAAGUUACAGAAUAGAUGAGCAGGAUUUAACAGAUCUUCUUUGGUGUCCAUACCUCCUACUCCCCAGAUCUUGUCUUGUAUUGAAAGCUUUCCUGUUGCAUCAACCAUGGAAUGGACAAUAUUCCCUGGAUAUUAUGCAGAUUCAUUAUUCAGAAAGUGAAGAAGUAAAAUUACUUAUGCUGGAGCAAUUGAACUCUAUAUCAAAUGACAUCCAGUGUCGUCUUUUAGAUCCAGAGUUCCAACUGCUGCAGAGAUGCUCUCUAGUAGCAAGACUUUUUGGUGAUGAGUCAGAACUGCAAUUCUGGACUGUUGCUGCUCAUUAUUUGUACAGCUUCUCAAAAGGCAAAGAGCUGGCUCCACCAAAUGCAGUUCAAGAGAACCAAUCAAGCCCACUGGAUAUUUGCUAUGACAUACUCUGUGAAAAUUCCUACUUCCAGAGAUCACAGAUUGAACGAGUUAACCUGCAAGAGGCAAAAAGAACAACCUAUGAUCACACAAGGAAAUGUGCAGACCAGUUGCUUUUAUUAGGCCAGACGGACAGAGCCGUACAGCUGCUUUUGGAAACAAGUGCAGAGAAUCCAAGCUAUUACUGUGACUCAUUGAAAGCUUGUCUAGUUACUACCAUUACCUCUUCGGGUCCUUCCCAGAGCACCAUAAAACUGGUAGCUACAAAUAUGAUAGCGAAUGGAAAGCUAGCAGAAGGAGUCCAGCUGCUUUGUCUGAUAGAUAAAGCUGAGGAUGCUUGUCGAUAUUUACAGACUUAUGGAGAGUGGAAUCGAGCCGCAUGGCUUGCAAAGGUGCGUCUAAACACAGAGGAGUGUGCAGAAGUACUGAAACGCUGGGUAGAUCAUCUUUGUUCAUCUCAGGUAAACCAGAAGUCAAAGGCUAUCCUAGUCCUCCUUUCAUUGGGCUGCUUUAGCAAAGUUGCAGAAAUGCUACACAGCAUGCGAUAUUUUGACAGAGCUGCACUGUUCUUGGAAGCUUGUCUCAGCUAUGGGGUUAUUGAAGUAAAUGAAAAUACAAAGAAAUUUUGCAAUGCUGUAUAUGCAGAUUAUGCAAGGUACUUAAAGAUGCUGAAUUUACAGGAAGGGGCAAUUCUCUUUGCCACAAAAGCAGGUGAUGCAGGAGCUGAACUGCUUAAAGACCUGCAGCAGAGCAAAGAAGAUAAACCUGUUUCAUGACUUGUAAAUGUUAACUGUUGAAAUUAUAGUGGCCCUCCACAGUUUCAAAGGUUAAUUGAACCAGUUGGUGACUAAAGUAUAGCACUUUGAAUGUUGUGUUGCAGUCUCCAGUUGUGCAGUCUGAAUAAAAUACAUUCCAAUUGUUACGCCACAGUGAAAAUCAGCAAAAAAAAACUUGUAUGAUAUUAUUUCACUGUAACGCUUUCUGGUAUGUCUAGACUUUUGAUACAGUGCAGAUCUUCCUUCUUUUCUGUAUAACUCCCACAUUAAUGAAAUAUGUGGAUAAAGCCCCUCUAUUAUAUAACCUUGGCUGUAAUAUUUUUUAAGCAAAAACUUCAGACAAGGAAAAUUGUCUAUACGGUUGUCUCUGACAGGAUUUAUUUUAAAAGCUAAAAAGACUUUUAUUUCUGUAAUUAGGCAAGAUGUGGACAUACUCUGUGAUUAGAAAAUGUUUUUUGGGUAUAAUUGCACUUAAGCCUCCUUACUGUUUAGUGAUGCACAAGUAAUUGUGUUUGUUGCCUGAAAAACUAGAUUUAUUCAAAUAUGUAAUGUGUAUAAAUGAUUUAUAAAAUGAGGUACAAAACAUUACAGUCACACUUUGUAUAUAAUUCAAUGUAUUAAAGACAUAAAACAGAAA